AUGCUAAGAUCUGUAAUCAACAAAAAGGUAGGAAGCAAGCUGGGGAACAGAUUCUUCUCGAGAGAGUCUGUGCCUUACGACGAAACGAUCGGAAACUUACGUCUAUCCAAGGAUACCAAGGUCAUCAUCCAAGGGUUUACUGGUAGACAGGCCACGUUCCACGCCAAAUUGUCACAGGAGUACGGUACUAAUAUCGUGGGAGGUACCAACCCAAAGAAGGCCGGUCAGACGCAUCUUGGCCAACCAGUUUUUGCCUCCGUCGCAGAAGCUGUCAAGCAAACUGGUGCCACAGCUUCGGGUAUCUUUGUUCCUCCCCCAAUCGCCGCCAAGGCUAUCCAAGAGGCAAUCGAAGCUGAGAUUCCACUAGCUGUGUGUAUUACUGAGGGUAUACCACAACACGAUAUGCUGUACGUUGCUGAGAUGCUGAAAUCACAACAAAAGACACGUCUCGUCGGUCCAAAUUGUCCUGGUAUCAUGUCCCCAGAGAGCCGUGUUCGUAUCGGUAUUCAACCUUCCAAGAUUUUCUCCCCCGGUAAAAUCGGUAUUGUCUCCAAAUCUGGUACGUUGACUUACGAGGCCGUUCAACAAACCACUAUCACCGGUUUGGGUCAAUCAUUAGUCAUUGGUAUCGGUGGUGAUGCUUUCCCAGGUACUGAUUUCAUCGAUGCUUUGAAAUUUUUCAUGAACGAUCCUUCUACCGAAGGUAUCGUUAUGCUGGGUGAGAUUGGUGGUAAAGCAGAAAUCGAAGCUGCUGAAUUCCUAAAGGAAUACAACUUGAAACGUUCUACCCCUAUGCCAGUUGCCUCUUUCAUCGCCGGAACUGUUGCUGGUCAAAUGAAGGGUGUUAGAAUGGGUCACUCCGGUGCUAUCGUUGAAGGCUCCGGUACCGAUGCUGAAUCCAAGAAGGCUGCCUUGAGACAAGCCGGUGUUGCCGUGGUGGAGUCUCCAGGUCGUUUGGGUGAAGCUUUGGUAAAACAAUUCGCUCAAUUGUAA